AUGGCUUCACCGACUUUGACAGCUCGCUCGCAGAGCCCUGACGCCGGAGCGCCGAUAUGGGCUCUGAGACGCAGGUCAACAUUCUCGGAUGCUGCGCCGGCUCCGACUUCCGUGCCUCCCGUGCCGUGUGCUAAGGAGGCUGAGCCGAAACCAGCGCAGGUAGCGAAAAAGGACGAGAAACCGGAAACGAAGAAGGACAUCAUCCUCCGCUCGGCGCUCAAAAUCGCACACACGGCUAGUGUCCGUCUGCCCCGUCGUCGGCACGUGCGGAGCAAGAGCGCAGUCCCUCCUGAACUCCCUCCGCCCUCUAGUACACCGACACGUGCACGCGCUCAGAGUCUGCAGAGCGAGAGGCCCUUGGGUGAGGGAUGGGUGCGCAUUGAGAAAACCGCUGGGGGGCGCGAAGGCGGCCUUACAGCCGUCGGAGAAGCCGGGGCAGUUGUCGCAGGAGAUGGGGGAGGGGCGGAGGAGACGAACAAUAACGACAAACCUGCACCUCCCCCCAAGGGCAAGCUCCAUCGCCGCCGUAACCUCAACGUGACAUUUGAUUGUCCGCAACCGCCGCCUGACUGGGAGAGGGAGACUCUGCCGCAGACACCAUGGCCAACGCCCACGACGCCAUACCUUGUCGCGGACGGGUUGAAGCUAAGGACAGUGUUCCCCGAGCCGCCGCGCGUUCACCACACCUAA